AUGUCUUCCAGCGACAGUUGGGCAGCUCCAGCGGACGAUUGGGCAUCGCUCUACAGUGAUUUGUCUCUUUGUGUGGAUGAUGAGACUCAGUGGAUAUCCCUCUACGCCAAUUCCGUACCUUUGGAGAACUAUUGGACACCUGUCGACCGGAUAAUCCUUGGGAAUGAGGAGGUUUCUGAAAACGAUGGGACGCCAGAGCAUCAUUACGGCCCAGCCAGUACUCCAUUUACAUUAGAUAUUGACACCCAGGAGAUCCAUACGGUGGACAACCAACUUGUGCGUGUCGACUCUGCAGCAUAUAUCGAGAGAACUUUAACGUUUUGGAACACGCAGGACAACUAUAUCAACUGUCCAAAAACCCUUUGCCUUCAUACGGAUCCAAAUGGCGAUGAAUGUUUUGAGCCCAUAAAUUGUGGUACAAUGCCCGACCACUUCAGAGAUAAACACGAUAUGAAGGGCUUGGGCCGCAGUCACCCAUUGGUCUGCAUAACUACGUCCGUCACGUCCGCGAGCGUCACCUCAACCAUGAUCGGAAUUCUGCUCACAAACACCAAGCUAUUGUACGCUUUGGGGGAUGAGCUGGGAGGGAGUACUACGGCGACUGGAUCGGCAGCUGCACUUUGGAAGGGGACAACCGGGAAAAUUUGCCUUGCCCGAUACUCUAUGCGUAGCAGAAAUCCCCACUAUGUCUUAUCUUCUUGUUUUGGCGUCCGCGCUUUGAAGGAGACGCUGUGGGAGAUCGCCGCAGGUGGGACACCCAAGACAAGACAUCCCGCUAACGGCGCCAGCUACAGCAGUACAACUGUCCAGUGCUGCAUUCCUUCGGCACUGACCAUCGGCGGCAAGUUCUUUGAUUGUAAGCUCACCUCCGCACCAGCCAAAGUGAGAUACCUAGUUUCGAGCCUGUAA